GGGACAUUUUAGGUUUUGCUGUUAUGAUUAAACAUCUCUGCAAGAAGUGGAGCCACAGUUUCCUUCUUUAACACCUCAGCCUUAUCUUCCAGUUCUUUCUUCGAGUCACAAAACAGGUGACAAUGUCUCGGGCACUCACCAGAUCUGCUCCAAGUGAGCUCAAUCACUGGUGGAGCCAGCUGAGGUUUCGCCUUCAGAACAAGAAAGGAUGGAAUGAGAUGUUGGAUGAGACAUUUCUGCUCCACACCAAACAAAUGAAUGAGAUUCCUCUCUUUUAUGCGGCUAAAAACAAUAGUGAGGGCUGCAUCAAGAAACUGCUAAGUUGUGCAUCCACUAACAUCUUCGAGCGAGGUGCUCUGGGGGAGACGGCACUUCAUAUCGCCGUGAUGAACGAAAACCAGGACGCUGCUGUGGCACUGAUGGAGGGAGCUCCUGAACUCAUCAAUGAACCCAUGACCUCUGAACUUUUUCAAGGUGUUACUCCUCUUCACAUUGCUGUGGUGAAUCAGAACAUCAAUCUGGUCCAUCAGCUGAUCAGCCGUGGUGGAGAUGUGGUAAACCCCAGAGUCACCGGCCUCUACUUCAGGAAGAGGAUCAGUGGUCUUAUAUACUACGGAGAGCACAUCCUGUCAUUUGCUGCAUGUACUGGGAAUGAAAACAUUAUCUCCAUGAUCAUUGAUGCUGGAGCCAGUACCAGAGUCCAGGAUUACCGUGGUAACACAGUGCUUCACAUUUUGGUUCUGCAGCCCACUAAGACAAUAGCUUGCCAGAUUAUGGACCUGAUUAUGGGACACGAUGCAGAGUUGGACCAAACAAUGCCACUAGACAUGGUGACCAACUACAGAGGCCUUACUCCUUUCAAACUGGCAGCCAAAGAGGGAAACAUUGUGGCUUUUCAGCACUUCGUUAACAAAAGGCGAGUCGUCCAGUGGUAUUUGGGCCCUUUGACUUCUAACCUGUAUGACCUGACUGAGAUCGACUCAUGGGCUGACAAUAUGUCAGUGCUGGAACUAAUCGUGGGCAGCCCACAGAGAGAGGCAAGAAGGGUAUUGGAAGUGACCCCUGUGAGACAGCUGGUUAGUCUUAAAUGGAACCUCUAUGGGAAACAUUAUUUCAGGCUGCUAAUGCUGCUCUACCUGCUGUACAUUGGGACCUUCACUCUGUGUUGUGUAUAUCGCCCUCUAAAGAAUGCUCCAGAGAACUACACACAGUCAGACAUGGACAAAACCAUCCUAGUCCAGAAAACACUUGAGGAGAGUUAUACAACCUAUGAGGACAGCUUGCGGCUGGUUGGAGAGAUAAUCAGUGUUCUGGGAGCUUUUGCCAUCCUUUUGCUUGAGAUCCCUGAUAUACUGAGAGUAGGAGCAAAGCGUUACUUUGGCCAGACAGCACUGGGAGGCCCUUUCCAUGUCAUCCUUAUCAGUUAUGCGUGCUUGGUGGUGCUGCUGUGCGUGCUCAGAGUCAGCGGGCUGAACGGAGAGGCUGUGGUGAUGGCUCUGUGUUUAGUCCUGGGCUGGAGCAAUGUCAUGUUCUUCGCCCGAGGUUUUGAAACGCUCGGCCCUCAUGUCAUCGUGAUACAAAAGGUUAUAUUUGGAGAUCUGACCAAGUUUAUGUGGCUGAGUUUCAUUAUGCUCAUUGGUUUUUCCACUGCCUUGUGGGUGGUCUACAUGACCCAGAAGCCUGGGUCGUUGCCUGCAUAUCGUUCCUUUCCCAUCACUCUCUUCUCUGAGUUUGAGCUCAGUUUGGGCCCCAUUGACCUGCCAGUGGACCACACCAUCACUACGCCCUCCAUCGUCCAUGUCCUGCACUGUGCCUUCUCUGUGGUGUCUUGCAUUCUUCUACUUAAUCUACUGACAGACAUGAUGAGUGACACACAAGGGAGGGUGGCUGAAGAGAGAGAUGAGCUCUGGAGGACUCAGGUGGUAGCCACGACUCUGAUGCUGGAAAGGAGGUUGCCUCGCUGUCUUUGGCCACGGCUCGGGGUGUGUGGCCUCACCUAUGGCUUGAAGAACUGUUGGUAUCUCCGUGUUGAGGACAGAAAUGACCCAAUGGUGCUAAAGUUGCAACCCUACAUCGAAGCCUUUUCCAAAGAAGAGGAAAACGGCAAAAUAAAAGAAACAUUGGGGAAGACUGAUACAAUAAAGGGAUCAAUGUCAGGAACCCCCAAGCUGAGACCCAAACGAAGGAGUUCUCUGACAGGCUGGCAGCUGAUCCGCCACCGUGCUUUGGGUUUGGACAUGGAGCAGGAGGAAGACCAAGUCAUCAAAUACGUCUAGGUCUCUGUUCUCUGUGUCACCUCCAGUUAUUCUGCAGUCUACUGUACAUAUUAGCAUUCUGUGCACAAGCGUUGGUUAGUAUCUUAAAUAACUAUCUUUUGAAUUAUUCAAUCUGGUUCAAAGACAAUAAAUUAUCGCUGAAUGUAAAUAAAAGUCUAAUUUUAUGUUAUUUGCUGGCAAUAAAAAAUUUAAUCAUGGUUUAAUGAAAAUUUGCAUCAACAGUGAAGUAACAUCAAGGGUCUUGGGUGUGUGGAUAGAUGAGAAACUGUGUUGGAAAGAACAUAUUGAUCAUGUUUGUAAAAAAAUAACCAAGUUAACAGGAAUCAUAAGCAAAAUAAGACAUUUAGUACAUCACAAAUGUCUUUUAACAUUAUAUUACAGUUUAGUUUAUCCCUAUUUAAGUUAUUGUAAUAUUGUAUGGGGAAGUACCUUUGCAACUUAUAUAAACAAAAUAUUUCUUCUACAGAAAAAAAUUGUUUGAAUAGCUACUGCUGCUCUGUUUUUUAAAUUGCAGCUCUUAAAUAUCUUCCACAUAAAGAUUUUCCUGACCUGUACUUUUGUUUUCAGAGCUCUCUAUGAUAUUAAGUGGCCUUCCUUCAUCAAAUAUAAUUUUGUGCAUAACCAUCAACU